CAUGGACAAUCGACCGAAGCGCAUGUCAUGUCCUCCACGACGUUUUGUGGAAGAAUUCUGUCAGCUCCGCGAAAAAAAAAAAGAUGGAGAAAGUGGAACGAAAACGCAAAACAGACAGGGAUUUGUAUGAUAUUUGCGUUAUUGAAGUGGAUACGACGCGAAAACAGCCAAAAUUCAUUUCGUGGGAUUCAGUCACGAUUACGAUGAGUGGCGUGAUAAUGAAAGGAAUUACUUUCCCUUCGUUUGCUUGGAAAAAAUGUUUUUCCCCGCGGAAGGUUCGCUGAAGGAUAGAGGCAACAUUUUCUCGGGCGAUUGUAUCGUUGCAUCAAGAGAAAGUUGUGGUCCGGCAGAAAAGAUGACCCCGAGGUGCGCAAAGAAUUAAAUGUGGAGCCUUUGAAAUUGGUAUAAAUUAAAAAGCUGCGGGAAUAAACUUAGAAGAAACGAAGAAUUAUUAAAUAUCCGAAAAUUUAGAAAUCGAAUUGUUUGAAAAUAUAAUUAAGCUACUAUUAAAAUAUUCAUCAUCACUUCAAAUGACUUACUUGUUAAUCUCGUAAGUAUACGAAAAGGACCGUUCUGCUGGCUGAAUUUCUCACCAUUUUCGCCUUGAAAAUUGUCUUCAGCGGCAGAAACCGUCACGGUACAAGCAAAGAGAAGAAAGAGAGAAAGAUGAAUCUUCGAAGUCAUUUUGCCCCACCGAAAUCUGCACAAAUCCCAACAAAUGACAUAUCAAAACGCGGCAAAUUAAUUCAAUUCUUUGAAUUUGGCGGUGCAUUUAUUAUUCCGAGCAUACGCUGUCGGGCCAGUCCAGUUUUUCUCGACCCUCUGCUUUCAAGACCGGUCACACUUUUGUAAAUUUACAUCCAAACCGACGGAAAAAAUAUAUCAAUGCCCCAUCGAAAUCUUGACAAAAUAACCCAAGUUUUUCACCAAUAGUAGCUUAGAUAGCACUUAGCUCAAUACCGGUGGUGUAUUUGUGAUAGAUCUCCUACUUUGAGAAAGAAAGGCAAUAUUCUGUAGAAAAUGGCGUGCUUUCUGCUCUAUUUUACCGGACGUCGAGGCCACCCGAUGUGACACAGGGCAAAUGUCGCAAUGAGUUUGAUAUGUCGAAAAUCCUAGGAGAGGCAGGCAAGGAAGAAAUUUUACAACAAAUGUUCCGAAAAUUCUAGAUCUCAAAUCGUCUUCCUAACAGAUAUUUUCCGAAAAUUGACGUCGGGUGCCCUUGAAUAUUACCCAGAUCUCUUUUCGAUGAAGCCAAAGGCGAGAUCUAGUAAAGUAAGAAAAUUCAUUAUUAUUAUUAUUAUUAUUAUUAUUAUUAUUAUUAUUAUUAUUAUUUUAUUUAUUAUUAUUGGCUACUCAAGCUGUCUAUAUAUAUUGAGGGAGUGACGUGAGUGUUGUCAUCAGCACGCGCUAUGGUUUCUGCGAUUCAUUCUUUACAAAAUCUUUUUUUCUGGUCGUUUCCCCUUUUGCUUGCCUCAUUACGACGCACGAACACGUGUAUCGAUCAUGACCGGCUUUAAUUUACACAAGCCAUGGCACAUUGAAGAACAAGAAAAUGGAAAAGUUGCUUUUUUAUGAUUUCUAAUAUACCUAAUAUGGUGACUUCUAGUAUGCAGGGAUAGGAUCACCCACACAUACGCGUCCGGUUAGACUGCGCUCAUACUCGUUUCUUGCCUACAAGACAAAACCAGCCUUUUAAUUACUAUUUGAGUUUCUCACAUUUCUGGAUUGUAUUGUCUCCUGCAACUUCUUGUGUUAAGCAAUAUUUCAAGAUAGCGGUUUGGGGAUUAACGUACUAAUUAAUUCGUAUGUGUAAUCAAAUGGUGACGAGUGAAAUUAGGGAAUAAUUUCACGCGCGUUUUGUCCAAACCCUAAGGAUUUGGACAAAACGCGCGGGAAAUUAUUCGCUAAUUUCACGAGUAUACCAUUUGAUUACCUAUUAAUAUCAUGGGUGACGAAUUACGUUAGCAGUCUUGGAUUUUUGACAUGUUUAUCCUGGAUUGUAUUGAUCGAGAAUUCCACUCUCUCAAAUGUUUAGACUUUUGUUUAGACUCAGAAUUUUUCAGAGUUUUUCGGCAAAAUACCUGUUAGAAUCCUUCUUGAUGUUCUCUUGUGUGUUCAGGUUUUCUAAAGAGUCUUUUUUUGCCCUGACAUCUUCAUUCACGGCAUUUUAAAACUUCGUCGCCAUCUUGACAGUGAGACGUACGGAAGGGUUGCCAUGGCAAUUUUGUAAUUUCACGUGUGAAAUUACAAAUUAACGCUAAAAUUUCGCGCCAAAAAUUAAUUAAUUUAUUCGUCACCUAUGAUAUUAUUACAGAAAUCACGGCAAUAAUGCACUGCAUAAUCAUGGUAGUUUCUUAAAGUUGCAGAGAAGAAAACUAAUCAAUACCCACAACAAAAGAAACACCCAAGAUAACAUACUGUAGAGUUCAGUACUCCAUAGAAAAGUGCAAGAGUACGAUUUUUAGUCGUGAUUUGAGCAACAAAACAGAAGCGCAACUGAAACGUUACGACAAGGACCACAUUAGCUGCCAUGAACUGAUCGGAUGGACUCAUGAUUAGUGGCCAAUUUAAAACUUUGAGCAUCAUCAAGGGGUUCUUGGUCAAUUAUCUACGAGAGAUAAAGAAGCUUCACUAUAAGAAAUAUAUGCGUGAAAAUGGCGCGUUGUAAUUGCACCAUUUGAAGAGAGAGCAUCAUAGUAGCACGCACGCUCAGAACGAAAAAAAACUUUAUAGGCGUUUCUUAUUUUGUGCAUUUCAGGCCGGUCAUUACGAUAACAACCUUCAUUCGUAUCUGACACUUGCGCGACCUUGUUUUUAAAAAGGGAGGCUCUCCAGCAUUAGACAAGUGUAGUUUGCUGCUUUCCGUUAUUGCUCUAUAAGAUCCCUUGACGCACACGGAUCCGUGCAGAAGAGGAAAAUGAAGUUGCAUGAAAUCGCAGGCAAUGAAAAAAUUAAAACAGGAAUAGCUCAUACUUUCUUUUGAGUUCAUGCAUGGGCAUCCUCACUCAAGGAAUUUUAAAAUUCGACCGUGGUGCCAAUGCUCCCGGGCAACCUUAUAGCACAAGACCACUCAGUAAGAUUUCUUUUUUUACAGUUACAAAGGCAUAAAGUAAAAGUAUUUUUAUUAUUACUGACACAACCACGCAGGGGAUUUGUGAGUUUUUUUAGUUAGCCACAUUUUCAUAAACUAACUGAGUUAUUCCUCGCUCUCUGAUUGGCUAAUUUCUAUCAACAGACAUUAAAUUUUGAUUUCUGCAAGAUGGAACACCCGCUUAAUACGGACACUCGUAUACUAACGGAUAGUUUCUAAAAUCUACCCUUUUAAUAAGGACACCGGUUAAUACAGCCAAUGGACACUUUUCUGUGUCCCGAGGCACAAACUCUGUUAACCCCUGCUAUUUACGGACACUGGUUAUCUGCGUACCGUCUCUUUUCCUUGUCACAAUUACGUGCUAAUUGUUGAUAUUUUACAUUGUUCAAACAAUGACAGGUUUCUGGGUUUAAGUAGCAGGAUAGCUUGAUAUGUUUGAUUUUAAGUCUUUCUUUCCGUGUACUAUAUAGCCAUUUAGUAAUUACUAAUCAAGUUUUUCUUCCUUGGCUUUUCGGCGCAGUCAUUGUUCCUACCCUUCUUCCUCUUUGUCUGCCAUAGUCUUUAUAUCAAUACAGCAUGUGUCCGGGACGUUUUUUCGGACAGCCCACUUAAUACGGACUCCAUGCAGGCAUGUCUCCUAACCGUCCGUAUUAACCGAGUUCUGUUGUUACUAGUUUCUUUUUAAAAGGAAAAAUAUUUUUUACUGAUUCUUUUUCCAAACUUUUGUUAAAGUAAAAAGCAAAUUGACGCCAGAUCCGCAGCAGCAAAGUCAAAUUUUCUAGUCGGAUUCACUCGCCUUGGGCUCGUGCUCGUGGAUCCACAACACUUUGACAAUGUUUAUGAUACAGUUUUAUUAUCAAUAAGAGGACAGAGGAAAAAGAAACUAGCGUCAAUGUGAUGACUUGAACCAGUUUUACUACUAAAAUUAUUAUUUAAUUAACUAUUCAGGACUAUUUCCCUAUUUCAUCGUAUGUAGCGGAGGUCACUCAUCCAUUUGCAAGCGCUGAUCGGGACAGCUUCAGAAUGCCUUCAGAUACACUUGUCUCCCUUUCCCAUGUUGUUGCUUAAACUUGACUUUAUGUCUACCAGUGUGUGAAAGUCAGUAACCAAUCCUCAAUUAAUCAUACAUGUAUGUAGACAGAGAUCGCCACAGUGGGGCAGGUGCUGGGGAAUCUUAGAGGACGUGAAAAUUAUCCACUUUGAACCUGUUAUUGUACCGUAGAUAAAACGUUGCGAACCAGUUAAACUACAAGAAGUAUUAAAAUAUCAAAUAAUUUUCUAGCUUUUUAAAAGUUGUCAUAAUUAAUGAUAAUAAUUAUAAUCAUUUUUUUCCAUAUCAGAGUGUCAGAAUUACGGAAGUCUUAACAACGCUGACAGAAAGAUUACGUACAACACUUCUUACGACGGUUAUUGUGACAGUGGAAUUGGACCUGGUUGGUUUCGUUUCCAGGGUUCAGCCGGCACAAGAUUGCCAACUUCAUGUCCACCGUAUAACAGAUGUGGAACUCAUGCACCCGCCUGGUUGAAUGGUGGACACCCCACAGUAGCAGACGGUCAGGUCAGCAGGCAGGUGUGUUUUCACUGGACAUCAAGCUGCUGUGACUGGUCAACAAACAUCAAUGUGACAAAUUGUGGUUCAUAUUAUUUGUACUAUCUUAGUGGUACACCUGCUUGUAGACUCCGUUAUUGUGGCACUAACUAA